GGUCACUGUUGUUUUCUUUUCGUUCGCGCGAACUUUUCUUAUUCUUUGUGUUGUUUGUCUUGUAGGUAUUUUUUGGUGAGGUUAUUGUUAUUCGUUUUGGAACCCGUCGAGUAGAAAAUAGAAACAUUCACGAUGGAAGAGACAGAAGAGUACUACUCUGAUCCUCGGUUUGAAUAUGAGCCUGCCACAUUUCUAAAAUGUCAUUCCAAAAUUAGAGGUGACAAAAAUGACCGUAAUACUAAGGUUUGGGCCUGUGCGUUUGAACCUCAUCCAGACUAUCCAGAAAAGACAACUGACCUAAUAGCUACUUGUGCUGCAAACAGUAUCUGUGUCAUAGAUGUAAAGAAGGAAUGCAUGGUUACAAAGCACUAUGCAAAACAGGCGAGGGAAGAAUUUUAUUCAGUUUCCUGGUCUACUCUCUUCAUGAAAGAUACCAACAAAAAGACAAUAGCAAGUAACAUAUUGGCUGCUGCUGGUGCUCAGUGCAUUGUGCAUCUCAUACAUCCAUGUCACCAAGUUUGUUUCUUUGAAGAAAAGAUUAAAAUGCCGUCUAAAGUUACUAUUACGUCUGUCCAAUUUCAUCCUCUGGCUCGGACAGUAUUGUGUGGUGGUUUUAGCUCUGGUGAUGUAUACAUCUGGGACAUAGGACAACCAUCGUUUCCUGAUUAUGAGAUGAAAUUUACUUGUCUUCAUAAGCUCAGUAUUGACAGUGAAAUUUUCACUAUGUCUUUUUCACGCCAUUGUAGAACUCUUUUAGCAGCUACUGAAAACGGCGUUGCUGCAUGGGGUCUUGAUUUAUCAGAUGUAAAUGUGUCUACUGUAUUAAAAGCGCCCAAAACUACAAAUGACAGGAUCAAAAUGUGGCGUUUCAAUUUCCCUCUCAAGCCUGGUCUUUCAAGCAAGGAUUAUCAGCUAGUUGAUACGGUGGAGCCUAUUCAGACUGGAAAAAUGAUAGCUUCCAAAUGUGCUCUCUAUGGCAACAUUUAUUUAUGGGAUUUGGAAGAGGCCAUGCAGUAUGCAGAAGCUGGUGGUAACGUCAAAGUGGAACCUGCUCACACAUUAAACUACAGCAAAACCGACAAUUAUUUCAUGAGCAUGGGUAGUUCUCUGAUGUCUGGUCUUCUUACUUGCGGCGAUGAUCUUGGUAAUAUCUGGCUGUAUGACUUGAAGGAAGUGUUGACCUUAUCCCAUAAAGUGCAGCAAGAAUCUGCUGUAAUACCAUGGCCAAUAGUCAAUGACGUUCACGAUCAGUGGAUGGUGGAGCAAAAGGAAGUUGUUGUCAACAAAGUUGUGGUCAACUAUAAUGGGACAUAUAUUGUUGCUGUGACAAAUACCAAUCUUGUUUGCAUUUGGAAGAAAGAAAAAGGCUCGCGUCGGGACAUGUAAAAUUGUCGUGCGUUUCUCUACUGCAUUUGAUCAUAAUGCAUUCAGUCAUAAACAUGUUAUGAUCUAUUAAUGCCUUUAGUGGGGCUUAUUAUUAUUUAUUUUAUCUUGUAACGCUUUAGUCAUAGACUUUACGCUCUUAAAGUCUGAGUAUUAUUUGGUACAUUAAGAAAAAUUAAAUGUACAGAAUUGGAAA